AUCACACUCGCUUGGCAAGUUACUCGUAAUUAAAUCCCGUCUGCUGCAGCGCAUGCAUCGCAAUCUGGCGGAUUGGGGUUAUGCGGAAAAGCAAGUUCGAACAUUUCACUUCCUUUAGUGUUGGAUGUCAGUGCACGCCGCUCCUCCACCCCGCACAGACAGACAGACAGACUGACUGACUGACAGACAGACAGGCGCUCCUGCUGACAUGAUCCCUGCUGCUGCUGCUGCGGGGACUGUGGAGAAUUUGGCACCAGAUUUAAGCAGCGCGUCGUUUUGCUUUUAACUGAACUGUGUCGAAGAGAGGAGAGAGAGUUUGAAUAGUUGCUAAAGAGGCCACGAACUGUUAGUUAUUUAAGCGGAGCUGAGAAGCUGCGCCUCCCCUGCGCUCGGAGCGCACUGACUGCUCCGUACCUGUGCGCACUUGCCCCGUUGGACACGACUUGAAAGGGGGGAGUCGAGCGCGCAGAGAGGACACACCUUUACGCGUCCCCCACCCCUUCUCUCUCCCGACAGAGUGAAGGAAUCACCGCUGCUGACAUGUCGGCAAACGAGCGAGCCACUCGAGCGCUGAGGGAGAUCCUGCAAAACCCUGGAAAUGACACCUGCGCGGACUGUGGCGCACCAGAUCCUGACUGGGGCUCCUGCUCAUUGGGGGUGUUCAUCUGUCUGGCAUGCUCAGGAAUCCAUCGCAACAUCCCCGAAAUCAGCAAGGUUAAGUCCCUGAGCCUGUCUCGCUGGGAGGACCAUGAGAUGCAGUUCAUGGCUGAGAAUGGAAACAGGCUGAUGAAGAGUAAAUAUGAGGCUGCUGUUCCCAUCUACUACUACAAACCCACCCACAAAGACUGUCAGGUGUUGAGGGAGCAGUGGAUAAGAGCAAAGUACGAAAGGCAAGAGUUCACUGAGCCGGGGAAGAAUUUUACAUAUGAGGAAGGAACCCGAGACGGUAUCUUGAUGAAAAGAGGGCGGGACAAUGGGCAGUUCCUGAGCAGGCGAUUCGUCCUCUCGGAGAGGGAGGGGACUCUGAAGUACUUCACCAAAUUUGACGCUAAGGAGCCCAAAGCGGUGAUCAAGGUGGACACCGUCAACGCGACCUUCCAGCCGGAGAAGAUAGGAAACCCCAACGGCCUGCAGAUCACGUACCUAAAAGACUACAGCACUCGCAACAUCUUUCUCUACCAUGAAAAUGGCAAGGAGAUCGUAGACUGGUUCAAUGCCAUCCGUGCGGUUCAGCUUCACUAUCUAAAGGUGGCGUUUCCUGGGGCGACGAAUGCUGAGCUGGUGCCGAAACUCACGCGCAAUUUUCUUAAGGAAGGAUACAUGGAAAAAACUGGACCCAGGCAAACGGAAGGCUUCAAGAAGCGCUGGUUCACCCUCGACCACAGACGACUCAUGUACUUCAAAGACCCGCUGGAUGCCUUUGCCAAAGGUGAGGUCUUCUUGGGGAACCGGGACCAUGGUUACAGCAUCUACACAGGCUUACCUACUGGGACCUACUGCAACAGCGCCUGGCAACACGGCAUCACCAUAGAAACACCCGAACGCUACUUCCUGUUCACCUGCGAGACGGAGAGUGACCAGCAGGAGUGGGUGAAACUCUUCAACGAUGUCAUGAGUGCUCCGAUGUCUCCUCAGGAGUACACGAUGGAGGCCAUGUUCAAGCACAGACACUGACGGAUUGGAGGACUACAGGACCAUCACCAGUCUGACACAGGACCCACGUCAGUUAUGGCUCCUUUAAUACUUUUGGGGGACACUUGACUGUCCUGGUCACACUGGAGUGUUGUUGGGCAGUAACCCUUGUGAAACAAGAGGACCAAGGCAAAAAUCAUUGAUCGCUUCGAAAUACACAUGACCGAAAUAAAUAAAUAAAUACAUUUGCAGUGUUAAUUCUUUUUGGCAUGUAUUGCCGCAGUGGUUCUGCACUUUGCAGUUUAAAGGGAUUAUUUUCCAAUAUUAUUGAAACUAAAUUUAUCUUUUUUUUCUUCUAUGUAGCGUGUUUAGAUUCUGCGUCUGUUCUUCGUGCUUCAUGCUAACAACAAAAUGUGGUCAUAAAUAUAGAUGGAGCAGUUGUAAGUGGAUUUAACUUGAUAUUGUUGGAUAGAUAUUCGAUAUACUUUUAGAUAAAAUGGCUUUGUUAAAGCUAGGGUCUGUAAUUUGUCUCCGAGACACUUAGCUUAAUUGGCCAAAUGCUCUUUAUCAUGUAAUAGUCAUCGAUAGUGCAGCCCACUUUCACAGUUUUACCUUAGAGGACGAACUUCCAGUGUUUUGGGGGGCAGAGCUUUGACAGGAGGGACGAAUGGUGCGUUCCAUUUGUAGUCGGAACUCGGAAUAUCCAAGGUCACGGGGCGUCCGGACAUGGAUACUUUUACCUUUAAUACCUCCUUGGUCGGAUUUGUUUGACAGUAAAUCCAUCGUACACAUGGCAGUGUGUUAUUCAUAACCACAGAUUGUGUUGUUAUGCUAACAGUGGCUAACAAUGGCUAACCUGAGAUACGUUUGCUUUUCCAACUUCUCAACUGGAACGCGGUGAACCGAGUUUCGAUUUAAAUGGAACGCGGCAUAAUGUAGCGGUGGGAUGUUUAGGUUUAGCCUGCUGUUGCUAGCUUCUCCACACUUACUUACCCUAGCUUUAAGAUGAUAAGUGCCUUGGUCCUCUUGAACAAAACAAGUAUGACGAGAGGGGAAAUAAACGAAAGGCACACGGAUUAAAUGGGUGAAACUGGUACAGAAAACUGUUGAAAUCACUGGUGGAUUCAGAAUUACUUUUGUUUGUUAUUCAUUGUUAAUCAUUGCUUGUUUUGUGUGAACUUUGUAACUAUUACAAAGAGUGUUGCUUCUCAGUGUUCAUGGGCUGGAGGGUGCAUGUGCAUGCGCAGUUUGAGUUCACGCCGUCUUUCGCUCAACUUCCAGGGCAAACUUAAGGUUCUCGUGACACACUGCAGUUCAGUUUACGUCACGGCGCCGACAUUACUUUAAUUGUGUUGUGUUUUUUCAUCAAUGAAAAGGCAAGCGUUGAUUAUGUUUGUAGAGUUCCAGCUGUUAUUACAUCUGCUCAAGACUCAUUAGAAAGUUAAUAAAGUCAGUGAAUGAGAUUUUUAUGUGCAGCUGAAUUUAAAAAGGGUGGAAAUUCUGGAGGUUAGUACAUGAUCCAACAGCACCUCCAUGUGGCAAAAGCAUUCAAAUCCACUAAUAACUUAUUUUACCCUUGUUUUGUACAUCAACCAACCAGCUGAUACAUUUUAAAGGUGUUUUAUUUUCUUUCUUUAUUUUAAGUUUGUUUGUAAAAGAGAUACCUUUGGUGCCAUAUAUUGUUUUAAAAGCAUUCCUAUGCUUGACCAUGGCUGACUGGCAUCACACAUGGAACGAUUCAUUACUAAUAAAAACAUGUUUUGUAUUCAACAAUA